AUGGCGAUCGGGAAGCGAGUUUACCUUUUUUUCAGUUCAAUCUUUGCUUUGACAUCGAUGCUAAGUAAAAGUCUAGGCAAUAACAUCGUUGAUGAACAGUGCUUUGAGGAAUCAUGUGGCAGAGAAUUUGAUCCUAAAGGACCACUUGUUAAGUGCAGUUUCUUGUGAGUAUAAGUCUUGUGUGUUUUAUUUUUUGAUAAGAUAAGCUUAUACCGAAUAUUCCGAUAAGCGUCAUAAGCAUUUAUUUCGCAUACGACACUCGCAGACUAUUUCAUACAAAUAGUUGAUAUGAACAGAGUCAAACUAUAGAUGUGUAAUAAAUGUGUGGGGCUGUACGCAAAUAUUGCCAUCUCCUUUACUACGAAUAGCUGCUGUUAAAUCAAAAUUAAAUCAAAUUAAAUCAAAGUUAAAUUAAUAAUAAUUAUUGUUAUUAUUAUUAACUAUUAUUACUAAUGAUUAUUAUUAUUAUUAUUAUUAUUAUUAUUAUUAUUAUUAUAAUAAUUAGAAAGUAUUAGAUAAGACUGAGGAUGAUCUGAAGACGGAUAACAUUGUCAGGGAUCUGCAUUAUUGUUAAUUCUUCAGAUGAUACAAAAGUGAAAUCCAAUAACUGCUGGUUCAAAAACAAGCUGAAAAAAAUUUAAUGCUUAUUGAUGUUGGUUCCCUUCUUCAUUUGCCUGUUUCUUGGCAAAUUCAUUAAAACAAGUGGAUGUUUAUUUCUGAAGAUAUUCUCCAAACAGUAUUUGUCAUUUGUCGUAUUCUUACUACUCUUGCUUUGUUUUUGGGCAGUAGUUCAGCUAUUUCUUCUUUGUGAAAUAUGUGAAAUGUUCUGCCAUUUUGUACUGCUCUACCAAAACAACCCAACCUUGUCCCAGGGAUUCUUGGUUGCCAUUCCUUUUUUGCCAAUAAAAUUAACCCUGUACUAUUUUUAUAUAUAUUGAUGUCAUUUUCUGGAUAUCUCAAAUGUCUCCCAAAAUAAGAUGGAUAGUGCUCACAGACAGGGUUUGAGCCAGGCCGCGCCAUUGCGCCAAUCCCGCCCUGCAAUCGGAAUUGUCCCUUUAAAAAACGGCCAAGGGGACAAUUUGUCCCCUUCAAAAGUUAGGGAAAAAACUCGAAAGGAAGCACAUACGAAGAGAUUUAUUUCAGUACAGAAAUUGCAAGCUGAAACAGAACGUGGAAAGUAUAUUUUAUCGCACCUUUACAGUUCACUCCAAAGUUACUUUUCAGUCACGUUCUACUGCUAUUUUUGUCGGAAAUCUAAGACAGGGCUUCUCAUUCUUCGCGCGGUCGCGGAGCCGCGACAUUCGGUAGAAAUCUUAUCAAAUACAUGUCUGUACAACAUAUUUGAAACUUAUUUCAGCUAUUGGGGCUAUUUACUUGCCGUAAACUUGCAAAUUUAUCUUGGAACGUGCAAACAGAUUAUUUUGCGAAAAACUGGGCACUAGCCAUGAUGUUAAAGGCUUUGCCAUUGGUCCAUUUCUGGAGAGUAUUAUUGUUGAAAGAGCAAAUGAUGACCUCUGUUAGAAAAACGUUAAAAAGGCUGGUCUGAUCAGCGCAAAACCGAUCGAUUUCUAGCCAAAUUUGCCUGAAAAUAACCACAAAAUCGGCCGUUUUUUUACCGAUUGCUUUUCGGUGAAGUUUGCCCCGAAAAACUCAGCCGAUUUUUCCGCGAAUUUGUCCCUAAAAAUCCCGCGAAAUUUGACUUUUUCUUCCGAGACCUAUCAGAAGCCCUGCUAAGAAGACAAACCCCUUUGCAUCAGCAGAAGGGUGUACAAAUUUCUGUCCCCCUAAAAAUGAAAAUGUCCCCCAAAAUUUUAGCCAAGGGGACAAAUUGUCCCCCGGUGAUCAAAUCCUAGCUCAAAACCCUGCACAGGUUAUAAAGAGGUAACUGUUUGAUUUGAGCCAAUCAGAACUGGAGAAUUAUUUUGAAUGAAAAAUAAAGGUAUAAGAUCAGCCAGUGCACAAAGCAAGAAAUUAUAAUAAUGACAACAACAACAAUAAAAAUGGCAUGUUGAUUGGGAGAUGUACGUGCGAAGGCAGUAUUUAAAAGGAAAACCAAUGGAAGAAGCUAACAGAGAGAACUGGCAAAGAAACCCACAUGACUGUAGUGGAACGACAAGACUUGUAGGAUGAUUGUUUUGCAUGGCUAGCAGCCCAUUCUGGAGAUCAGCAACGUCUACAUGUAGUAUGAUGGUGGUCAUAUUAUACUACCAGCAGCCCCUGAUCAAAAAUGAUGCCAGGAUAUUUUUUAGAUUAGGACACCAGUUUUAUUUUAGUGUUUUAAGCUUAUUUCAAGUUUUUGGCUUCUUAUAGACCCAUGGAUUUUCUUCAGUGUGACCCUCCAGUUGACUUAAAUGGAAAUGAUACUGCAAGACAAGAAUCUGGUUAUGGAUGUACUAAAGUAUGUCUAAGUAAAUAAUAUUAUUAUAAUACACUCCCUACAAGGAUCCUUGUAGGGAUUACAUAUGAUAGACUAUAACCUAGUGUUCCCGGGAUGUACAAAAAUGGGAGCGGGAGGGGUAGGAAAACAUGAUGUUUCAUACAUUCUUAAAGAUGUGCCAUUCAAGGCUUUGAAUGAGAAAAAGUAAUACAGAUUUAUUAACCCUGUAAGCCCCAAAAGUGAUCAAGUUCAAUUUUCUCCUACCUGUUCAGGUUACACAAAUUAAUAAAAUUAUCACCUUCAUUUUCUCUCAAAUUAUUUCUCGAGGGGAAUUUACAAAGAUCAGUUCACAGAAAUCGGGCAACAAAGGUAAAAUUAACUAUUACCUUAUCCUGGUUUCAUUGAAUGCACACUGAACUGGAAUGUGAGAAAGUUCUUUUUUACAAGCAAAUGAAAUUGUGUUCGCAAUAAAACAAUUGACAAGUUAAAAUUCCAAAGCAGCAGAAAAUGAAAUAAUAAUAUUUCUUAUAAACAAGCAUGGUUGAGGAGUUCAACUUGUGACUACCAUGAAAUAAACCCAUGUAGAGGUCAGUGAAGGAAUAGGCCUUUUGCAGCAACUUCUGUAAACACGAAAACAGUUCACUUUUGAAAAAUUUUGUUAGCAGGAUAUGAAAGAGCAUAUUAAAGUUAGGUAACCUGUAAAUUUUCAACAGUGCACCUCUAAAGCUGUGACUGCAAUGGCUGCCAGAAAUUAGAAGAAUUUGUAUGGGGAAACAAUGCUUUGCCACCCAGUCACACUUGAAUGGUUUUCCAUACAAAUCAUCGUAAAUUUUGACAGUUUCAAAUUGUCCUAAGAUCUUUGCUUUAUGCAUGCAUUACAGGACUCAAACUUUGUAUUGUGAACAAAAGAAAAUUUGAGUUCCUUAAUGCAUAAGGGAAAGAUUUUAAUGACAGUUUGAAAAAAUUUACAAGAAUUUGUACUAUGAAAAGCCAUUCAAGAGUGACUUAAUGUCAAGAGUUGUUUUUCCCAUACAAAUCCUUUGCAAUUGCCACUUUUGUGGUAUAUUAUGGCUGAAAAUUAGGUUAUCAAAUUUUAAGAUGCUCUUUCAGUUCCUUCUAACAAAAUUAUUAAAAAGUGAGCUGCUUCGUGUUUACACAAAUAAAUACAGAAAGUGGAUCAGGUGGCUAAGUAUUGAACCCAGUUCUGUGAAUUACAAUUCCAGCACACUGGCAGCUUGUCCAUGUUGGCCCUUUUAUAAAAUAAUAUUAAGAUUUACUUAACGCUGGAUGAUUGUUACUUGAAUAUGCAAUGUUUGGUUUCCUUGUUGUAAACUCUGUUAAAUAGCAUUCAACUGCAUUCAAAUUUCAGUUUGGAGGCUCAAAGUAUGAUGAUGUGCACCAUACAAGAGUAUGGUGUGAGGUCUUACGUGGAAUAGAAUGCUUUGGAGAAAGGAGAUUCCUCAGUAGUGAACAGUUUCCUUGCAUCAAGUAAGUAGUUCAGUAUUAAAAGUGCAUGUACACAUGCAUGUAACUAUGUAUCAAGGCUGGAGAAUAGAAGCCUGCGGGCACAGGUGUAUUUCUGGUCGUUGCUUCUCUCCACCUGAAAAGUAACUUUGUGAACCCGAGCUGCAAAACAGUUUCUGUGACAUAAAAAUUUUUGUUGUGAUGUUGGCCAGUCAGAUCAAAGGGUAGAUUACAGUUCGAGUUCAGCUUGAGUGUCCAGCUCCUCGCAUUCUUGUGCGCUUGUGUGUCUAGGAUUUUGGCAAGUGUUGGAACGUGAAUUUCACAACUAUAACAAGGUUUCCUGCGAUGUUGAUGGCUGCAGACUUCUUUGUGAAGCAAUGGCUUCUUAAGCUAUGUAUGUGAUGUAGGCCUUUGGUUUCACUUUAUGAAAUAUGGUAGUAUUGACAUAUACAAAACCUGGACAAAAUAAUCGCUAAAGCUGAAGGAAAAUAAUAUGACAUCGCGUUCUGACUCACGAUUAAUUUUAUUUCAAUUUAACCAGCGCUAACAAAAGGUGGUGCAUUGAUUGUACAGACACAUCCUGCACUGAGUCAAACAUCUCUGACAAUCGCCGUUAAUAAUUCCAAAUCCUGCAAGUAUCACCAUUUUAGUAAAAUCCAACUAGUGGUCUAUUAUCAAUGCUGCAUUCUGAUUGGUUGAGCUACUACAAGGCUAUAUGUUAUAGCCCACUAGUAGCAGAAGCGCAGGCUUUUUGGUGGCAAAAAAGGAUUAAAGUCUAGCUUUAACUAGGUAAAAGUUUUUUAUUCUCAAUAUUUUUGACCAACUAGUUGGAUUUUACUGAAACAAUAAUAAUAUUCCUUUCGCCCUCAUGGCCUCUGAGUCAAUAGCCCAUUCAGGCUCGAGGAAUAAUUGUUAAAUACAAUAAUGUGAAAUAUUAUUAACGUGGGCAUGACCCAACAUGCUAUAAAAUAUUUACAGAAGUUAAUUUAUCAUAGUCAAGAUGACAUUUCAGCCACAACGCUUCAACUCGUCUUUUAGAAAACUAUAGAAAUUAAAACCUUGAAAAGAACAUGUAUUUAAAGAAUUAAAAGAACAACUCUAAUACGCUUUCGAUCUGAUCAAAGUUCUGCCUUAACCAAGAAGCAACCAUGCAUGGAAAUCAAUUACCACAAUAAUGUCUUACAGCGUAGCUUUCAAAGAUAAAGGAUGCGAAACAAUAUCUCAAGCGGCACACAACAAACUAUUGAAGAGUCCUCCAAAGCAAACUUUCCUGCGAGGAACAAGAGAGGAACAAAGAGCAUGAUGCAUCUACAUCAUUAAGACAUCGUUUUGAAUAUGACCAAAACAGCAAGGUGUGAUAAGUAAUUGACUCCGUAGGCAAAUAGAUAAAAAAUUCCUCUUAUCUCUUCUUCAAUAUGAAUCCUCUUGGUACUUAUUUCAUCAAUAAGUCCCCCAAUCCUGGCAAAUUAACUUUCACAAACGCAUCUUUCUGAGGAGAAGGGAUGGCUGUACACAGGUUACAUCAUCCAAGAUUCAUUUUUGACUUGUAAACAUAUCCACUGUGCAUGAUCUUACGAGAAGUCUCACAAGUUAGCUCCUUGAUUUUAAGAGCUAAACUGUGAUUGGCUAGUAAUGUCUUAUGUCACAGAAAUUGUUUGGCUGCUUGGGUUCCCAGACAUUGCUUUUCGGGUGGAGAGAAGUGACGGCCAGCAAUACAUGUACAUCUGUGUCCUCAGGCGAGGAAAAAAGUUUUACAGUUCAAAAUUGAAUUCAGGUUAAAUUUUUUUAACCUAGGUUGAUUCUCAAUGUCCUUGGUCUCCUAGCCCUAAUUAUUUAGUUUCAAAUUCAUGGCAGCCACUGAAUAGAAACAAUGAAGACUCAUUUAUACAGGGUUAGCCUUGACCUAAUGUGACAGUAAAGUCCUUGGAACAACUAUGUCCAUUGUUUUGUUUAUUUAUUUAUUUAUUACUUUUUUAUUUUUAAACUCAAAUUCAGGUACCUUCUCACCGGUAUUUGUGAAUAUUUUACUUAAGGGGUCAAAGCUGACCCUGUACAAAUGAGUCUUUAGCGCUUUUAUUCAACAGCCCCAAUGAAUUCAAAACUGGCUUAUUCAUUGUUAAAAUUGUAAUUUAGUAGACCAAUAAUCUUCGUUAUCUUUAUUGUUUCAAGUUGAAUUUAGCCUGCAAAAAUAGCUGUCUCUCCUCACUCCUUACUGCUUGGGACUUUUGCCAGGAGGGACAUUUGUGCCUCAGCGGCAGAAAUUCCAUACAGAUAAUGUGGAAUCUGUCCGGAAUCUGGUGAGGAGCUCUGACUGGUCGGUGUGGUAGUUAAAUUGUGUUCAGACAAAAGACAAAUGGUCACAAAGGGCAAAUGCAAACAAUAUGAAUCUACUAAAAAACAGUCACUAUUUGUGGAAUAUAUUCUUCUUUAGAAAACUUAAAACUUUUGUUGGAGCUCAUUCGCAGAAGAACACAAAACUUUACCUUAAUAGUCUAGGAGACACAUAAAAUCUUAUGACUGCUGGAUUAAUUAUGUAAACAUUGAUUUACAUCAUUAUUAUGGAAUAAUUAUCUGUAGCUUAGGCACAUACAUCCUUCAUGGCAAAAUGUCCUUCUAGGCAAGGAGCUAGGAGAGAUAGCUGUUUUGCAGGUUAGAGGUAAGUUAAAUCUGAUUUUUGACAAAAUAUAGGAAAGUUUUCUCAGCAUGUGCUGCAUCCUGAGGCACCUUCAAUACCAGUAGUCAGUUGCCUUUGUUUCAUGUAACAUUACUAAACCUCUGACUACCCUGCUUUAAAACUGGCCUGAAUUUCAGACGAUUACUUCAAGUUUUUUCUCCUCUCAGCAACUGAAGGAUUAAAACCAACUCGAGGUAAUUGUCUGAAAUUCAGGCUAGCUUUAAAACCUUCUUUUACAGUUUUAACAUCAGAUAAUGGCAUUAAAAAGGUUAACCUUUUAUUCACACGUUCUGUUAUGGAUUGAUUAUAUGUUGUGGUUCUGGUCUCCAGAUACUCUGGCCAUCGGUUUGUGACCACCCUCUUGUACUCCAUUCUGUUGGGAUUCCUAGGCGUGGAUCGCUUCUGUCUGGGUCACACU